GCCAGCGGUACAGCUAUUCUAAAAGAAGAAAGAAAGAAAGUAUAAGCAGCCAUAUUUGAUUCCGUCGAGAUUAGAAAGUUUUUAAUUCAUAUUUAUUGUCCCUUUGAGGGUUGCUCUUAUCAGUGAGAUGGACCCCUCAUUACUCAAGGACUUACAAGACUUUAAAAAACGUAGUGCAAGUCAACCGACAGUCGAAGCUAAGAAAGCAAAGCCAUCGAGUAAAAAACCGUCGGGAUCUAAAUCGAGGGCACCUCCAAAACAUCUACCGAAAGAACUACUUCAACCCAAAAAGGCCUCAAGCCCAACACUCGACAAAAACCAUCUAAAACUCAGAAGUAAUAAGAGGUUUGUUGUUAUCGCUAAGAUUGUCGAUUUUAUGAAAAACAGGCAUUUAACUCGACAAUUUGAGCCGCUUUCACUGGACGAAAUACUGGACAAAAUAAACUACACAGAUAUCAAUCCAAAUGACAAGUCUUGGCUUGAAAAUAACGCACUAAAAGAGAACCCAAAGCUUGCCUUCAAGGACGGGAAAUUUGCGUUUAGUCCGAAAUAUCAUAUUCGUGAUAAGAAGCAAUUAGUAAAAUUGCUGGAAAAGCAUGAAGAGAGGGGUCAUGGAGGUAUUCUCCUUGAUGAUGUACGGGAGAGCCUGCCAGAUGCCGAUAAGAUAGUACGCAAUGUUAGUAGUCGCAUCAUGUUUAUAACUAGGUCAUGUGACAAGAAAGUUCUUCUGUUUUAUAAUAAUAAGGGUUAUAAGAUGGAAAUAGAUGAAGAGUUUCAAAAACACUGGCGAGCAGUGUCCGUUGAUGGCAUUGGUGAAGCAGAUAUUGAAAAAUAUUUGGUGAAGGCUGGUAUAUCAACCAUGCAGGAUACAGGGGUCAAAAGAACCCAGCAAAUGCCGCAGCGCAAAAAGGCAAAAAGGAAGAAGCAGUUUAAAAAGCUCAAUGUGCACUUGGAUGAGAGCACACUUAGAGAUUAUGGUCAAGACAAUCAUUGACAGACAUACAUAGAACUAUUUUAAUGUCAUUGUCACUUAUCAUUGCCAAUAUUAUUAUAUAGAAAAUUGUAAUAAAUAAUGGAUCAAGUGAAACUCUAGUGUUGUAAGGAUUUCAUGUAUGGCGAUAGCAACUCCUCAUAAUUCAUUACUGAUUAUUUUCUUUUUGACUGUGAAAUGGCUGAGCUACUGAAAUAUCUUUUUCAGUUUAAUACUAUCAUGUAUAAAGUGGUAAUAAAUAUUGUAUCAAGUUAAA